GUGUGAGUAUGUGUGUGUGUGAGUGCGAGUGCGCGCGCGGGGCUGGCCACAGGGCACGGGAGUCGCCUGGCACUACGCGUGGCCCCGUCGCGGGUCGGGCCGGCCCAGGGCUGGGGCGCGCUCACGGGAGGAGCUGCGAGCGGCCGGCGGAGAACUUUCUUCUUUUCCCUUCGCUCUCCCUCUUGAGCUCGCGCCUAGGCCCUGGCCACUCUCCCGGAGAGAAGCCGGGCGACCCGGCCGCGGGCUCAAGCAGCCAGCGCCGGCUGCAAGUGACCGCGGUGCGCGGGCGGAAAGAGGUCCCGGACGUGCGGGUAGGACAGCUGGAACGCACACGACAGCCCCUUUCUCUGCCCUUACUUACCGCCCCAGCGCUCACAGCCGCUGCUCUGUUUUUAAGAGAAUAGGGCAGGUGCAAGUUUGGUUGUUGCGGUUUUAGCCGCUCCAAGGAAAUUGUUCGAUGUAAGGUUUCCUAAGCAUACUGAGUGGGCGUGUUUCCAGAAACAAAGGGCAAACUUUCUCGCUCCCAAAGCCAGUGAAGUUAAACAGACUCCCCUACGAAAAGGCCCUUGGGGACCCUAGGGCGUCAGAUGCGAUAGUUAAUUUUAAAAUAACUAUUUAACAGGUGAUUAGGGAGCGCGCUUUCUCUCCACCACCAAGUUCACCUCUUCUCCCACCCCCUCUAAAAUAAGUCACUUGACGAUAGGUGAUCCCAUCCCCUAGUCCUCUCCUUAAUGCCAGUCUGGAGGCGCACUGUCAAGAAGGGAUGCGUCUCCUCGCCCUCGAGAACCAGCGCGGAGACCUUUUGUGCCUCUCCUUGGCUGUGAACUUUCCCGCGCGGUAGGUUCUCCUUUAAGAAAGUAGCAUCCCUAUGAAUAUUUAAUGCGGUGCGCGGGCCGGCGGGGCGGAGGGGAGACCACGGCCCGGGUUUCCGCGCGCGCCGAGACCCGGGCGCAGAGAGAGUGCGUCCCCACCAGCCUGGCCGCCGCGGGAACUCGGGGACCGGGAGGGCGGGGGUUAGCGGGAGGAAAGGGUAAGCUGAAGAGGGGCUGGGAACGGGAGGGGGGCUCGGGGCGAACGGGCCGUCGCGUUCAUUUCCAUAAGAAAGCUGAAAUCGCAGUUGGAAGCAGGAUUUCUCGCCCCUGCAGCCCUUCCCCCAUACCCGGUCUUCUGCAAGAAGCGGGCUCCGGAGCUCAGAGCCCGAAGUGUGUGCUCUGGUCUUUGAUGAUGUUGAUAAAAUGUGGUUUCAAAUGUUGUCCCGAAGAGGCCGUUUUCCUGUCUGUAUGUGGAAUGGAAGGACCGUGCCGGGGCACCAAGAGGCACCCUGAGAACUCAGAGGACCCACAGGCUCCCCUCAAGCAAAUUCCCUGCUGACCCUGGAUACCCCUUGAAAGAGGGGGCAAGAGACUGCCUCAAGGCUCGUCUUAUAACUUCCAGCAAGGACUCCCAGCAAACAAGUUCAGCUUGGGAUCUGCCCACCACUAAGCCUGGCUCAGAGUGGGUGCAGGGGGGUGGGGUGGGGGGCGCGGUGGAGAGGCAGAGUCCCUGAACAGGGAAAAGACAAUCAGUUGUUCCCUUUUCUGGUGUCAGAGGCAAAGAAGCCUGAAGGGCUGGCGGUGGUGCUGGCUCUGGGUUUAUUGACUGUGAUCCUGUCCAGCUGUCCUACAGGGAGUUCCAGAGCUCUCCCAAAGUGCAUGGGGAACUGCACAAGUAGGACUGGGGCACAAUACCAGAAGCUAUUUGUCUCCUAGAACCUGGCACCCCCUCCACUUACCUUACAGGAGACCCACAUCACUCAGUUCCCAGGACAUCUGGUGGGAGAGUCUGGUGAGAGUUGGAGGCAGACUUCCUCUACUUACAACUUGUUUGAAAAUGGACAUAAAGAGGAGAACAGACACUCCAUCGCCCCUUCAGGGCCUCCUUUGUGUCACAAAACCUAUCCCCUCCUAGGGCACCCUUGACACUCCCCUAGGUGGGUGUACACAUUGUUCAGGACCUGUCCCCUGUACCCAAAUAAAUAUAAAUGAGUUUAUUUCUUUAAAA